GGCUAAUAAUAACGACAGUCCAACAAAUCUAGAACUGGAGCACAUCAAUAACACCAAUAGACUACUGGACAACAAUGGUGUCUAUAAAUUUGAUGCAAGUGUCGACACCAUGGCUACCCAUCAGCGUCUACCUACCACUACCUCAUCAUCAUCAUCAGCACCAUCACCACCACCACCAGCAUCAGCACCGGGAGGAGGUUCAGGACUAUUAUCACGAUUUCUAUUCCAACGUCUACUACUCUUAUCGCUGAUCCGAUUGGUUAUCUAUCUGAACAAACUGUUUCAGGACUGUACGGCCGUCAAUACCUACUACAGCGACCACGACCUACACUUUUUCAUCGUAAGUGUCCUAUCGUUGGUCUGUCCGCCGGUUGUCUACGCUUUCUAUCUGAUCGGCGAAGCACUGGUCAAAGAGUCCCGUAUCGAUCGCAACGAUUUGACCACUAAGACAGUCAACGGUCUCCUAUUGAUUCCCUGGCAGAUCAAGAGACACCUGGAUGUGUUGCACUUUGUUGCCCAACGUAUAUGUAUGUGUCGGUCGGCUCAUAGCGAGGAACGGGAGGACAUUGUGUCGAUGCAGAGAAAUGCCGAAGUUUUGGAGUUUUUUGAAGACUUUUACGCCGGCUUUCUUCAGAUACUAUUGCAACUCUACAUACUGUUCCUUCAAUUAGCCAAAACCGAAAACUUUACGACAAAAGUUUUAAUCGGCGAACUAAUCGGAUCGGCUCUAUGUGUCCUAUCGAUGAUGAUAGCCGUCCGCCGUCGGGACGACGGCAUACUGACCAGUAUUUUGUCGUUUAUCGGUUGGCUAUCGUUGUUCGUCUCGCGUGUGAUUGUCUUCUCGCUGAUUGCGUCGGUAAUCGGCAUCUAUUGUGUAGUACUGGCACUCAUACACGUACUAUCCAUGAGCUUAUGGAUCUAUAGUAUAGCCCUGGAAUCUCACGGUCUAUCGUCGUCAUCGACAACCAGUGGCCAGUCCGGUGAUGUUGGCCAGUGGUCGCUACGUAAACGAUGGUCAAUGGCCAUAAUGGUAUUCCUGUUUUUCGGACUACCAUCGCUGCUGAUCUGGCCGGUUAUGUUUCAGCUCAAGGAGUUCAGGCGUCCAUUGAAAUUUCUAUUGAUUGUAUCGCUGGAAAACAUUGUCCUACUGGCCAUAUGGUUUGCCGUACAGUUUGCCAAACAGCCGACGGCGGCCACGGGAGGUCUGAGCCAAUUAUCCGAUACUUAUCAUUGGCUGGUAAUGGCUGCGGUAAUCGGUACGCUGACCAGUGCCCUGUUUCUGACCGGUUAUGUUGUUUGUAAACCGAAACUAACCGAUCAGGUAGUCCUACAUAAACGUAGGACAACCGAUACGGAUAGUUACGGUAUUUACUAUGAGUUUUGUAAUAUUGUAUUCAAAUUGCCGAAUACUGACCGCAUUGGUCGGGAACUAGAAGUGGUCAACCGUUUGGAUGUUAAUUAA